AUGAGCUUCUCAACCCAGCACCGCAACCUUUCUCCUAGCGGUGGGCGACACCAUGUGGCCGGUCCACGAGCGUCCACUGGCAUGGUUCACCUUGGCUCCUCCGUCGACCCCUAUGAACCACCCAGACGCCAUUACGAGCAUGAUGAAUAUCCUUCCGAUGCAGGAUACGGUAGUGCCUACAGACAUUACCCGAUUCGUCGAUCGCCAGUAGAGGCCCGACCGGUUUCGACGCAGAAAGUCCGGGAUUCUGGUCAUUCGACUAAGCGAACGGAAUAUACUAUCGAACCUCAACCUCGACACCGAAGCAGGAGCAAUACAGCAUCUGCUGUUGAUAUUUACAAUAAUUCUGCUCACUUAUCGGUGCCUUCAUAUCAUCACUCCGUUCACUCUGUUCAUGGCCGUGAUACCAGCCCCCUGCCCACUGGUUCGGGCCAUUACGUGGUGCCCACUCAUCAUGUUGGACACCGUCGAUUGCAGAGCACUGACUAUGCAAGUGAUACUGGUCGUCUGGAUUCGCAUGACCGAAUCAAACAUCAGUCAAGUCGCCAUGCAUCGCACCAUGCUCCUCCGCCCAGCGGACGGCGGCGAUAUCCCGCUUACGGGGAUGUCAAGAAGGGCGAAGACAUUGACAACUACGACGCUUAUUCCUAUACGACCCCCCGAGAGCAGUUUGACCGUGACUAUCCAGUCAAGCCACGCCAUCCUGCGGGUAGAAAGUCGCUUGAUCGGCCUGCGAGCAUGAUCGUGAUGGAUGACGAGCGUCCGCAGUGGAUGCCUCGUAAAGAGAGACCGCACGGUCCUCCACCAACAUCCUGGGGAAUGGAAAAGCUCGACCGGGAGGGACGAACCCGCACUGGUCGUGCUGAUGAUCAUCACCGGGAUGGCUCUAGGUCGAGGGGACAUGACCGUUCGCUGGUCACAGUGCCGCAUUUAUCAGACGAUGAUCAUGAUUCCUACAGUGAUAGCCACCGUCGCCGUCGCCGGCAUCGUAGAUCUCAUCAUGAGAGCGACCGGCACCGCCAGGAUGACAGAUCCCCUCGUCCCCAUCAUGGUGGAGAAAGUGAACAGGCAUUGGUAGGACUGGGAACAGCUGCUCUAGGAAACGGCUAUGCGGACAUGUCUGACUACGACCACCGGCCGUCGCGGCAACACAGACGCCCACGCGAGUCAGAGCGCGACUACCAGCCCCCACAGUCAGCAUCUCGGGAGCUAGUCGAAGCAACGCCAAGUCCUGAAAGAAAGCAGCUUUACCUCGAGCCAGGUGACUACCAUCGACGUCACCGCAGUCGGUCUCGCAGGCGUUCCCAUUCUCGGCGACGCAACGGAGAAGAAUCAGACUGGCCCACGGAUGAUGAGGAUCUUCGCAAAUACCAGCGUGAACCGUCCGCAGCUCCACGUCGGAAGCACAGUAGCGAGGAUAGCAGCGAGGAUAAUCAGGCAACUAGGGGACAUCGUCGUCCACGCGAGCGCUCACAUGUACGUUCGCGCAGUCGAUCAAUCUCCAAUGACAGCAAGGAUGGAGGGAAGAAGGUUGUCGCAGUUGACCCGCCUGCGCAGAAAGAGCCCGAUACCAUGCCAAAGGGAAUCUUGAAGAAGCCUCGUCCGGCCUUCCCUGAAGAACCCAACCCAGUGCGAGAAGGUGUGGCUCCUCUAUCCAAGGAUGCAGAUAAGCACGGAAUUCCACCUGGUGCUCGUUGGACCAAAAUCGAUCGACGAUUAGUCAAUCCCACGGCAUUGAAAUUGGAAGGCAUACGGUUCGAGGAGCGGCCGGAUUAUGUCAUUGUACUAAAGGUUUUGUCGAAAGAAGAUAUUCAAAAGCUCGCGUUGGCGACUCAACUAAUUCGAGAUGCCCGCCACAAGGACCACGUGCGUGACAAGCGUCAGCACAGAGAUGAACAUCAGCGUGAUGGUCAUCACAAUGAUUCAACCUCGAGCGAUGACGAGGAUGAGGGGGAUGAGCUUUUGAAAAUUGAGGCACCCUCGGGGACCGAGUCCCAGCGUCAGCACUUGUCACUGCCUGAGCAUCCUCGAUCCUCGAGCCACUCCGUCCAUGAAAACACAAAAAUGAGGAUGAGCCCUUCUGCUGCGCCGGCGUAG